AUGGAUCAAGCCAUCAAUUUAAUUUCCGCACAGCUCCAGACCACUCUCAACGAUUCCAUUCGCGAAGCUCUUAAUACCCGUCGACCCCUCCUCACUCAUCUCAAUGCAGAUACUACAUGGCUCCUCUCGCUACCAUAUCCUGCCAAGGCGGACAAUGCCCUCCACAGAUCAUAUUAUCACAUAUUGAUUGAUCCAUGGCUGCGCGGUGGUCAAAGCGAUGUUGCGGCCUUCUUCAGUCAACAAUGGCAUGCGCAGGCUAGUGCGGUGCAGAGUAUACAUGAGGUUGAGGAUGUCAUUAGGGGUAUUGAGGAAAUUGCGCAUACGACAAUUGUGGUGGGUGAGAGAAGUUGGAUAGAUGCAGUGGUAGUGAGUCAUGAAUUCACGGACCAUAUGCAUAAGGACACUUUGCUCGAGAUUUCAACUGAUGUUCCUGUAUUCGCGACGUCGAAAGCUGCGGCGGCGAUGGUGUCUUGGGCACAUUUCGAUUAUGUGGGGGAAAUACCUAGGUUUGCGGGCGAUUGGAGAGAAGAUUCUGUGGCGCAUUUGCCAAAGUGGGUGGGUAUAUCGAGAGUUGCGAAAGCGGGUGUGGAUUUACUCUAUUACCAUUCGGCUGUUAUGAUUACUUUUUCUAUGUCUGUGGAGGGGAAUACUGGGAAUGAAGGUGAAGACGAAGUAAUACCUGAAGCUGUGAUAUAUACGCCUCACGGAAUUGACCCCGGAGAUCUUGCAAUAGUGGGGAAAGCUCAGCCGCCUAUUCAGACUCUCGCGUUGCUACAUGGAUUACAGGAUAUUUCAUUGCCUCGAGCACAAUUGAAUAAAGGGGCACAUAAUGGAUUGAAGGUUCAGAGGUUAUUGUAUGCGAAAUACUGGAUUGGUACACACGAUGAGGUCAAGACGGGUGGAGGGAUCGUGAGUUGGUUUUUGAAUCGAAAGGUUGUGACGUUAAAGGAAGCAUUGGAAAGGGAAGUCAGAGAAAAUGGAGAGAGUGGUGAUGUAGAAAAGGUAGGGGAUAUCAAAUUUUUGGAACUGGGAAAUGGUGAGAGUUUGAUUUUGGUGUAA